UCUCGCCGUAGUCACGUGACAAGACCCGGUAGUGAAGUGGACACGCUGCUGUGUGAGGUGGAUCUCAGCUUGUUUAGCAGGUCCGGGGAAGUUUGGACCGGUUCAGCUCUGGUUCUGCUUUUGUGUCUGGCACAUGCUGGUCUGUGUAUGUCGAUGACGUCAUGUCGGUGGUCGGCUCAGUACCUGGACAGUUUGAUGACGCAGAAGAGGACAGCGAACAGUCAGAGAUGAAGGCUGUGCGGAAUCAGCUGAGUGAUGCUGCUGUGCAGCCUUUAUCAGAGCAACAGGAGGAAGAUGAUGAAGAGGAAGAGGAGGAUGAAGAUGAAGAUGAAGAGUGGGCAUGGCAUUCAGGGGAUCUGACUAAAAGAUACAACAGGACGAGUCUCAACUGUCAGUCCAACAGACAAAAUCUGUCCAAUAAGAGCCUGCCGUCCACUCCGUCCGAUAAAGCUCUGAGGAAGUAUGAACACAAGAUCAACCUGGACAAACUGAAUUAUGCUGACUCAGUGAUCAAUAAGGUGACGACGAUGCAGAAACAGAGAGAAGCUGACACGUACAGAGUGAAGGACAAAUCAGAUCGGGCCACAGUGGAACAGGUUUUAGAUCCUCGAACUCGAAUGAUUCUCUUCAAGAUGUUGAGUCGAGGAGUCAUCUGUGAAAUCAACGGCUGUAUCAGUACAGGCAAGGAGGCAAAUGUUUAUCAUGCCAGCACCUCCACAGGAGACAGCAGAGCUAUUAAGAUCUACAAGACGUCCAUACUGCUGUUCAAAGAUCGAGACAAAUAUGUCAGCGGAGAGUUCAGGUUCCGUCAUGGUUACUGUAAAGGAAACCCCAGGAAGAUGGUGAGAACCUGGGCAGAAAAGGAGAUGAGGAACCUCAUCAGGUUACAGACUGCAGGAAUCCCAAGUCCAGAACCUCUUUUGCUCAGAAGUCACGUUCUACUGAUGAGCUUUAUCGGAAAAGAUAACAUGCCGGCUCCUCUGCUGAAGAACGCGUUGUUGUCAGAGUCGAAGGCUCGUGAACUCUACCUGCAGGUUCUACAGAACAUGAGAAAGAUGUUCCAGGAGGCUCGGCUUGUACAUGCUGACCUCAGCGAGUUCAACAUGUUGUAUCACAACGGAGAUGCUUAUAUCAUCGACGUAUCGCAGUCGGUGGAACACGAUCAUCCUCACGCUCUGGAGUUCCUAAGGAAGGACUGCAGCAAUGUCAACGAGUUCUUUGUGAAACAUGGCGUGGCAGUGAUGACAGUCAGAGAGCUUUUUGACUUCAUCACCGAUCCAUCGAUCAACUGCCACAACAUCGACCAAUACCUGGAGAAGGUGAUGGUGAUUGCAGCCGAGCGGACGUCGGAGCAGCGAUCAGAUCAGGACCGAGUGGACGAGGAGGUGUUUAUGAAGGCUUACAUCCCUCGCACUCUGACGGAGGUGAGUCACUAUGAGCGAGAUGUUGACCUGAUGAAGACGAAGGAGGAGGAGUCAGCCAUCAGUGGACACCAAGACAACGUUUUGUAUCAGACGCUGACGGGGCUGAAGAAGGAUCUGUCUGGAGUUCAAACGGUUCCUGCUCUGCUGGAGGACGACCAGUCUUCCUCUUCAGAUGAGGACGAAGAAGAGGAUGAGGAUGAGGACGAGGACGAGAAGAAGCCGAGUGAGGAGGGCUCCAUCGACAGAAAGGAGAAGAAGAAGAUGGCGAAGGAAGCUCAGCGAGAAAAAAGAAAAAACAAAGUACCGAAACAUGUGAAGAAGAGGAAAGAGAAAGUGUCCAAGAUGAAGAAAGGAAGAUGAUGACUUCCUGUUUGUCGCCGUGGACUCCUUCUGUAAAUAUGAAGAGACAUGAACAAAGGCACCACCCUCACUCUGUCUCAGCCAAUCACAGCUGUCCUGCUUUGAGCAUCAAAGUUCAAUUUGUACAAGAAAAUCAACAUUCAAAGUUGGUGGAUUAAGUUUUUUCUGGAGCUCAAACACCACAAGAUUGAAAACCUGCAAUAAAGAUGGAAAUGUGAUCAAACAGGACACCUGCAGUCAGACUGAAUGUGACGCCGUCACCUGUACACCUGACACUGUUGCCUGUACAUGUGAUGACGUUACCUGUACAUGUGAUGACGUUACCUGUACAUGUGAUGACGUUACCUGUACAUGUGAUGACGUUACCUGUACAUGUGAUGACGUUACCUGUACAUGUGAUGACGUUACCUGUACAGAUGUGCAGCUCAUUCACUGAUUUCACUUACAUCAGAUGAAAACAUCCCAAACAAAUCACGGUUUUAAUAAAACAUUUUUUUGGAUAGGUUUUGA